UACCAGCGACCAUGUGACUGGUAAGAAGAGGAUGUGGGGAUUAGAAAUGGAGGUAUAAAAGCACAAUGCAGGCAAGGUACCUCCGAAAGUCGAGGAGAACAAAGAAGAAGCAGUGAACAGAGGCUUUGUGGGAUACCUGCAACAACAGAAACUUGACUGAAAUGAACGCCAGUCCACCAGCAGGAAGUGCCCUGUCCCCCGGUGGGGGCGCAGGCCCCACCACUCCCAAGAAGGGCCCACCUAAAUUCAAGCAGAGGCAAACUCGCACAUUCAAAAGCAAGGCUCCCAAGCCAGGCCAGAAGGGCUUUGGAGACGACAUCCCCGGCAUGGAGGGUCUCGGCACUGACAUCACAGUGGUGUGCCCAUGGGAAGCCUUUGGCGACAUGGAGCUCAGCGACUUGGCCAAAUACGGCAUCAUCUAAGCCUCCUGCCUUCCUGCACCUUUCCUCUGUGUGAUCCUCUCCACCUGGCCUUCUCUCCAUCUCAGCUCGGCAGGCCGUCAUAAGGCUGCCAGCCAACCCCCUAAUGCCCUCUCGUCUGACUACCUCAUGCUUUAUUCCACUAAGUGGAUAUUAUUAUUUUUAUAUUAUUAAUAUAUGAUACUGUUUACAGUAUAUGUACUUGAAAUGAGAAGACGAGAACAAACCCACAAACCUUCUUCCGUCCCAUCAGCCAUGUAGAGUAGUUCUGCCUGUCUUCUCUCCUCCUUCGGCCUUCCCGCUCUCUCCCUGCCUCUCCAUACCCAGGGCGACGGAUGCAAGCCAAACGCUAGCUCAACACUAGCCCGUAUUUGCUUCUAGCUAAAAAAAUGUAAAUAAAUCUGCUCAGAUUGAAUCUUUUUACCUUCCUUUUGUACUUUCCUCCUCUUUUUUUUGCAUUGUGUGUGUGGUGUGUGUGCAUGUUUUUCUUCUGCUCCAUGUGACUGAGGUUACCUUCAGCACCAAGGAGAGCGUGCAACAUGCUGCAAGGGGUGAAAGCUACAAUGCACUUUCACACGAUCAUGGAGGAGCACCUCCGCCUCCCUUUUUCCCUGUCGCUAUCUGAACCCAGCUCCCUCUAAGAGAAAAUAAGACAUAAACUAUGUUUAUUUUUGUUUGAAAGCACAAUACUACAGAAAAUGUACUGUGAACUGGUGUGUACUGAUAGCUGCCAGUAAAGUGUGUAUUUUCAG